GAUAAGGAUUUUCUUCGGCCGCGGACUCGCGGGUUAUGUGCACAGCAUCCCGUGUGAGUGAGAGGGCCAUACAAGCGCGCGAAAGAGAGACCCGAACCGACAGCGGCCAGAGCGCUAGAGCACGCUCUCGAGAAGAGUGAUCGCGAGCAAACGCGCAUCAGACGGCGGCGUCGCGGUUCCUUUUCGCAUUCGGCCUUUUUUCGCAGCGGGCUUCAUCGGAUAAAUCGCCGUGGGAGCUGAACACACAUUCCCGGUCGCGGCUUGAGCUGGUUCUAGUGUGCGUUCGCUGGCAAAACAUUUGGUCGCGCUUUUCGCGUGCAGCAGUGUCGCAAGGUGCCGUCUAGGGAAAAGUCUUCGUGGAACGAGCCAUUCCCUCUGAGAGUGAUUUCCAGAGUGCGAGACGGUCUAACCGAGUGAAGAAAAACCCAGUGUGAGAAAACCACGAAAAUCCAAGCAAAAGAAAAAGAAAAAAAACACAAUCAUACGUCAGCGUCAUCGUCGUUUCCAUCACAAUAACUUGUGCCAUUUGUUUGCUGUCCGGUGAAAAUUGUGGUGAAAUAGUGCACUGAAAGUUCUAUCAAACGUACAGUGACUGCCGGGAAGCCUAACCCGGCGGGAAAAAGCAGUUGCAAAGGUGCCACCAAUUAGACUUACAGAGAUUCCGGACUUACGGCGAAUUCCUGUGCCAUUUGCAGUCGCUGGCAAAACAACAAGUGCAACCCAAUCAGUCGAGGAUCAAAACCGGGCGUAUUUUACUUGCUACAGACUGAAGAGUUACACACACACAGAGACCGUGCCAUCUCUCGAACAGCGGAGCGGUUUGGGAAUGUCGUAGGACGUAACGUUGAACGAACGCGUCCCAGAAUGGAGCUCCAGAUGGAAGGCUUACUGGAAGCGAUUCAGGCUGGUCAGUGUGAGGUGGUUCGAGCUGUUCUCGGCAAAUCCAAGCUUAAUCUAGACUAUCAGGAUGAGGCUCGUGGUGGAAGCAGCGCUCUACAUGUCGCCGUGAUGGCUAAACAUAACAAAACGCGGCUCAUAGAACUGCUGCUGGCUGCUGGAGCAGAUUGUGAUCUACGCAAUCAGGCCAAUCUGACACCCGCGGAGUUAGCCAUCGAUACUGGCUGUCAUCAUGUGGCUGAGUUCAUGCUUCAUCGAGAGCUUGAAGACGUUCCAGCGGAACAGGGCUUGCGUCGAUUGAUCCGCCGAGGAUCCGUCGAGCUGUUAAAGAUUUUUCUCGAGAAGCGAGCGUUCGACAUCCACACGAAGAUGAAACUAAUCGCUCGCACGAUGGAUGAACUGUCCGUGAAAGGUGUUGCGAUUGAGCCCUCGAUGAGGAUCUUCCUGGAGUACGAGCUGAUCGCGCACAGCUACGAGUCUUCGGCAAACGGAAGCGGACUCCGUGAGCCAUCCGGAAGUGGUCGCAGUUCGAAACGGAAGGCCGAUGGGAAGAUGCAAAGUGCUCUGAAAGCUACGACAGAGGCUGACCGGCGUGUGGAGUUAGUGCUAGGUUACACCAAAUAUCUGACCGAACGGUAUGACACCGACAACCUGAACGACGUUGACGAUGAGUUUGUGGUGCGUUUGCGUGCCAUUACCGAGAGCCUUCAUGUCCUGGGUGAGUUGGAGUGCCGUCGACAGUUGUUGGAUUCGAUUCCACUGGCGGAGAUGGCGUUUCUGGGUGGAGUGAUGUUGUCGAUACUCGAGAAAAGCGCCGGAUUCGAGAUCUACAAGCUUGUGCUGAACAAACGCAUGCUGCUGGAGUUCCUGCGAGCGGUUAGCUGCGAGUUGAGUGCUCUAUCGAGUUCUUCGACAAGCCGCUCGUUCCAGUGGACACCUCAACUGCUGCUCGAUCUCAUCACCUGCAUUCGUGAGCAGAGAAUCGCGCGAUAUGUGUCUCGCAGAAGGCGCACCAGCGAGGAUCUUCAGCGGAUCGCAAAGUCUUCGGGAGCGCUGGAGCCACAGGAACUCGAGCUAGUUCGACAGGAGUUAUGCCGCCGGGAACUGACGAACCUACAGGAGGGCGUGUUGGACGUGCAGUUCGCCGCGUAUCUACGCGCAGAUCAACCCACGACAGUGGCGCAACUUUGGCAACGACAACAUCCGAAGCUCCGCCUUUCGAAGCGACAGGUGGCGUAUGUUGCGAGCAGGCGCGAGCUGCUGGCAAAGGUUCGCGCACGUCAGUUAGACGAACUGAGCCGCACCAAGACGAAACUGCUCGAGAAGGAGUUGGGUGCGCGUGAGUUGCAGGGCUCACCACAGGUCCUUGGCCCUGGGGGGACGCCAAGGAAAGUUCGCCGACGGCAUCGUGUCGUUUUUCGCAACAUUCGACGCACCUGUGAGCGCAUCCGGCAGAUGCACACCGUCAAACGGAUCGCGUACUACGUCGAGAAUGCACUCGUCAUAGAUUUGGAAGACAACGCGAACUCAACGCUCUGUCUAAUGGCGAUUCAGCGUGUGAUGCAGUACAUCGGACAAGCCCAUCAAGACUCCACGGGAACUCUCCGCCAUCGUGGUCCUUUUGGACGAAUGUUGGCCAGUAUCGUCGAUCACGUGUUGUCUGCAUUGGCGCAUGGAAACACUCCUAAACCCGAUGGAGUGGAUUUUUGGGACACCUUCUCGGCACGCUGUACCGCUGGGAAGUAUUUCGUGAAUAGGACACUUACGCGAGAUCAGGUCAAGAUCGUUCAACAGCGCCUUCGAGCGGUUUAUCGGCUCUGUCUGUACGCGAUCCACAUCCAACUGAUCGAGGCAUACAAGACGUUCCUGGGGACGGCAUAUCGACUUCGCAACCUAACGCAGCUCAGAUCGUACGUGCGGUACGUCGGUGAACACAACCUGCACACGCUCAGCCACAUCAAGUUCGAGCACGUGUUUUACGACGAGAAGGAAACGGCACGCAUCGUGCACGAGCUGAAGAAGAUGUACGUCGGAAUGGCGAACGAGCUGAAGCUGUUGUCGUUCAUCGAGAAAAACAUCCACUUCCGGUUCUAUCACAUGCAGUACCAUCAGACGCGGCUUCGUGCGACUCUCGCAAACUUCGCCGUUGUUUAUCGUGCGCUAAAGUCUAACCCGGACUAUGGUUGUGUGCGGCGAUUACUAGCGUCUUAUCUGCACCAGAGCUAUCAGAAGUACGACGUCUCACGAUCGAUCUCGAUCUCCGAUGCUAACCUAGCGCUGAAGGAGCUACUGCGGCCGUACAGCAGUCUCAGCGAGAACGAAGACACGCUCAAGGUAGUGCGUCAUCUCGAGGACCUACAGCGUCUGAUGGAUCCGGCCUGUCUGUUUGGCAUCAGCCCUGUCCGAGUCUGUCAGGUGCGAACGCUAGAGCCGACUCGCUAUCAACAGCUUACACGCAAGUUGCUGAAGGAGCUUGCGAUGCCAUCGCUCAACGACGACGAGUUUCAACAGCUACACGAGAGGCUAGCUCGAUCGUACUACGACAACGUGUUCCAGCUGACGAACCGCUAUCGAACGUUGGAGGAGUUUUUCAGUGCGAAGGGUUCCCCCGGAAUCGAGGCGUUGGAGGCUGCCGAUCUACCUGCCCAGCGAGAGCGCGAUGAGGAACUGCUGCAGGAACUGUUCGACUCGAAGGUGAACGACGUGGUGGAGAUUCUGGAGAGGUUCGAGUGUACCGAUGCGAAACAUCUGGCCGAAGUUAUCGGAGAGUUACCACCUGUGGUGCAGUUUGCGCUCGAGUACGGUCUUGUGGAGCUUCUCGAGAUGCUUACCUCGGUUAACGCGCUUGGGAUGCAUCGAUCGCAGGUGGAAAGCGUUGUUUUGAGCGGUUGGAACUUGAAGAUACACCUUGGAGGUGGCCCAGAGGCAUUAAUUCUCGAUAGUCUCGCGCUAAAGUCGAACGCGACCGUCUUCCUCAACGCGAUCGUCUUCAAACACCGCUCGUUUCAGCUUUACGGAGGGCAUCCGUGUGUUGGAUCCGCGCGACCUGCGGAUCGUCAGCGAGUUGGAGACUCGCACUUCACGGAGAAGUUCGCAAAUCGUCUCAGCUGGCUCGAGCAACAACGCACCUUGUUCGAGACGGUGGCCAAAAGAGAUUCGGGCCUGGAAGAUCUUCGUCAGCGAGUGUUGGAUGGUGCGGAGUUGUCAGGUCGACGACUCGGCACGUUGCUACCCAACGAGGUGUGCCAUUACGGUUUGAUCGAUCGUGCGAUCGUUGGGGAUUUCCGAGCUGCGAUCGACCUGCUAACGGAAGCGGAUGUGCAUGGAGAAGCUGACAGCUCUCCAGCACGACGAACGCUUCUGCGGUAUCUGUUACGUCGGACGUCCAAAUCACACUUUGUGGUGAGUCACGUGGAUCAGAUGCGUGAUGAAGAUCGUCGAAUGUUGGUGUUGUAUCUGUGCAUGUUCCAUGGGGACGUACAGCUGUUCCGAAAGCACCUAGAUCGGUACGAUGCCUACGAUGAUCUGCACCUGUUCGUCAACUCCGAGGAUCAUGGAUUCGUGCAACGACUGCUGGCUGGGCUCCACGAGUACGAUUGGAGUCGCACGGAUCUCAAUGGUAUGACGAUACUCCAGAAAGUCGUCACAGCGGGUAAUCUACCAGCUGUGGAACAUCUCGUAAGUCGGAUGCGUCUCGAGCAAAUGAACGCGACCUGCAGCCUAAAGUACACGGCACUCAAUCUGGCAGCCCGCCUGAACUUGAAGGAGAUUGUACGCGUACUGACGACCGCCAAGCUGGACGUAAACGCGAUGAGUGAAGACGAGAAGUUGCCUGCUUUCUGGCUCAUCCAAUACGGCAACCCAUGGGUCGUGGUUCAACAGACGAUCGAUUCAGCGACAGAUCUGACAGCGUUUUCCAGUGAACUAUGCCUGUUACACCGAGCGAUCGAGUACGGUAACGAAGACGUGCUACGAUGUCUGAUCGAAGCCUGCAAAGUGGACCCAGCGCGUAUCUACUCGAACUGCAACAACGUGCUGCAUGUGGCGGCCGGUUUCGAUCGAGGUUCUAUCCUUCGUUACCUCCUCCGAUUACCAGCUCUCGCAAAGCUCGUCAACAACUGCAACCUGGUGAAGAAUAGCCCAUUGAAUGUGGCGUGUAAAGAAGGUCACAUUCGAUCGGCACGGAUCCUCCUCGAAGUCGGUAGAGCUAGUACAGAUCCUUGCGGUGAGUACGGCCUAAAUGCGCUCGCUUUCGCGAUGUACACCAACAACAUGCGGUUGGUGCGAUUGCUCUUCCGACAUGGCGCCUCCAUCGGUAGUCCACUCAGUUCGGACUUUCAACCCAUCAACAUGGCGAUCCGGAAUCGCAACAGGCGCAUGCUGGAGCUAUUGCUCCGUCGAGGAGUCGACAUCGACAGUGCACCAUUGUGCUUCAUCAACGCGGUCUGUGUACGAUCGCAAGAUCUCGUACGGUUGUUGAUCACACGUGGAUCUCGUCACGUAAACCAUCGAGAUGAGUUCUGCCAGACGGCACUACACCUGGCCGUGGAACGAGACGAACUCGAGAUCGUGCAAGAUCUCAUCCGCAAUGGAGCACACAUCAAUGCGAAGAAUCGUUCGGGCAUGACACCACUCCAUCUAGCCGUUCAGCGAGGUAACGUGCGUCUAGUACAACUUCUGCUCGACAGCCGAUGUUCAGCGGAUGAGCUGAACUACCACGGAGAGACUCCGUUGAUCCGCGCGGUCGUCAGUAACAACCUGACACUGGUGAAGAUCCUCCUCAACAAUGGAGCUAGCAUCGAGCGGCUUCGCAACAGCGAUCCACCUGUGUUGCUGUACCUGGUGCAGGAAAACCACGAGGCGAUCUUGGACUACCUGCUCGAGCACUAUCAGUUCAGUGCGGAUGAACAGGAUGCGGCUGGAAACUCACUCCUGUACGUCGCGACUCAACACAAUCACGUCAACAUCGUGAAGCUGUUGGUGGAUAAGUACGGUGCUAAAGCGAACCCACCCAACCACAAGAAGCUGACACCACUCAUGAUCGCACGUGUGAAGGACUACAAGGAGAUCUUCCACUUCCUCGAGGCUCGACUGAUCGAGGAGUAA